UUAGUCGCUUAACCCGUUGGCACAUUCGCACUUGAGCCCUCGUCCGAGCCAGAAAUGCAGUCCCACUCGCUCCUGAUCGCAGCCGUUGCCACGUUGCUGGUGGCCCAGACGGCGGCCAAGUUCCAGCUGAAGAACCACGACGACGCCGAGAAGGCCUUCGAGGAGUGCCGCGAGGACUUCUACGUGCCGGAGGACAUCUACGAGAAGUACCUGAACUACGAGUUCCCCGCCCACCGGCGCACCAGCUGCUUCGUGAAGUGCUUCCUGGAGAAGCUCGAGCUCUUCUCGGAGAAGAAGGGCUUCGACGAGAGGGCCAUGAUCUCCCAGUUCACGUCCAAGAGCAGCAAGGACCUGUCCACGGUGCAGCACGGCCUGGAGAAGUGCAUCGAUCACAACGAGGCCGAGACCGACGUCUGCACCUGGGCCAACCGCGUCUUCUCCUGCUGGCUGCCCAUCAACCGCCACGUGGUGCGCAAGGUCUUCGCCUAGUUAAAAUGUGAUAUAGUCCCCUCACUGUAUACCCCGAGGAAUCCUCUAGAAAUAAACAUUUUUAGUUUCAGAA